AAUAAUCUAAUUUAUCAUUGAUUUACAGGCGGGAUUUAUUUAUUUCUCUCAUAUUGCAAUGGCAAAAUUGUCCGUUUUGUUUUUAUUCUUUUUCCAUGGACAACUUCCCCUCAUCUUUGGGCAGCAGCAGCGCGCAGCUGGACCUUGGCUGCACCGGAUUCAGUGGGAGAACAACGGGCAGGUUUAUAGUUUAAUGAGCACCGGGUCAGAGUACCAGGCUCCAAUUCAGUCCCGAAGCCAGUCCAGACUGUAUGUUACCGGCAGGAGGGACAGCGCCAGGAGCCAAAUGCCAACAGCGCACAGAGGCGCGACGCACGUACGUCCCGUGCCGGCUGAGUCCAGGCAGCCCAGGACUGGUCACAGUGCAGAGUCAAGACCUAUUGCGCCAGUGCGCGAUGCUAGACACUUUGCGCCUUUUAAUGGUCGUGCGUCAGGGGCCAGGCCGCCGCCCGAGCGGCUUCACGGAGCAGCAGCUGCAGAUUAUCGGUCUACAGAUGUGGCAGGCAGGAGAGGAGGUACCGGUGUGGAUGCGACUGCACUGCACACCGGAGGAGGAGAACCAGGACCUGGUACGCAGUACCAACAGUUACGCGCGGUGCCGGACGCGAUGUCUUCCUCCAGGCAACCCGCACAGACAGAUCAAUCCACCUCAGUGCAUCCCACAACUCUAGAAAGGGAAUCUGAGGCUCCUGCUCGAAGUGAGGAUGCUUCAAACGAGGCCAACAGUAAUGCAGAGGGCAUGGUUAAUGACGACCCUCGAAACCCGUUUAAAAACCACAGGAAUUCGGUUUUAUACAACUCCUAUCCGACGAGAGGGAGGUCAGUGGCCCGCACGCGCCGUCCGCCUGGCACAGGGUAUGGAACAAACUAUUUCCAAAAUGGACUUCCAGACCUCAUACCAGACCCAUAUGCCAUCCAAGCAGGUGCUUAUAUCCAACGCAUGCAGAUGUUUGCGCUCCGCUGUGCCGCUGAGGAGAACUGUCUAGCCAGGUCGGCUUAUGGACCUGCCGUGAGAGACAUCGACUUCAGAGUCCUCCUGCGGUUCCCCCAGAAAGUAAAGAACCAAGGCACCACAGACUUUCUUCCUGUCAAGCCGAGAUAUCAGUGGGAUUGGCACAGCUGUCACCAACACUUCCACAGCAUGGAGGCCUUCAGUAACUACGACCUGCUGGACAUCGUCACUGGACAGAAAGUUGCCGAGGGACACAAGGCCAGUUUUUGCCUGGAGGACACGGGCUGUGAGCCCGGAUUCAGGCGGCGCUACGCCUGUACGUCGCAUACACAGGGACUGAGUCCAGGAUGCCAUGACAUUUACGCUGCGAACAUCGACUGUCAAUGGAUCGACAUCACUGACGUACAUCCAGGAAACUACAUCUUGAAGGUUACUGUCAAUCCCAAUUUCCACGUUCUGGAGUCAGACUUCACCAACAACAUAGUGAGAUGUGAGAUCAUAUACACAGGAACUUAUGUUCAGACACGCAACUGUCGAGUAUCAAGGAGUUGAAAUCUUCCUCUCCCUGUGCUGCGCAGCAACAUCAACUGUAUGACUAACCCAAAGUGCAAAGGGUAAAGUGUUUAAUUGUACCUGUGUGCUACAUUCCUGCUAUAGUCUAGUGUUGCAUAUACUGGAAAUAAAUUCCAAUGUUUACACAUAUUUUGUAUUUUAAACUCGUGAGAUACUCACAUUUACUUGAUUUUGUAUUUCUACAAAAAGAUGUCUUAAUUUUUCCUUUUUUUCCUGAACAAGAACAAGUACUGUGUUCAUAUACAUUUUUCUUGAAUGCUGGUUAUUGCUUGAAAUGUGUUUUUGCCUCCUGUUGGUUUUGUCUUGUUAUUCUGCUUUGUGUUAUUGUUUGUUUUGUUAUUAUGUGUGUGUGUGUGUGUGUGUGUUGUAUGUUUUUUAAUUGAAAGAAUAAGAUAUUCUUUAUUUUUGUUGUUGUCAGCAAAUCUCAUGAAAGUAUCAAAAAGUCCCCUCCGGGGCUCAGCGAGCUGACGGUCCGAGGAACGGGGUAGUCUGGGUCGGGCGGAAACAGAGAGGGGGUAGGAAGUGGGUGAUUCACCGGGCCUUAGUUUACAAGAUUUCAGAAGACUUCUCGUGGGCCGGAUCAAGCUAAAGGUAAAGAAAAACCUCUGUCUCUCAAUACUUUAUGACUUCUGCAGUCGGUGUUUUCAAGUCCACUGGUUCAAGAGAGAAAUCUGCGUAAAAACAGGUAAAAUACAUUUUCAUUAAUUUUCAAUUGAUAUAAUUGGCAAAAACAGCCGGGCACUGUAGUUCUUUGGAAGUUUUACUCAAAUGGGAGCAAAUAGUGCAUUUUUAGGGGAUUAUAUUUCUGUGAAACUGAGUACUCACAGCUGGAGGAUGGUGUAUGUGCUUGUACUGUCGGAUCUAUUCACUGCUGCUUUUGGGCAUCUCAUGAGUUGACAAUAUGAAAAAUGCAGAAUAUCAAUUAUUUCUUUAACCACUUUGUGGUCACAUCAGCAAUUUGCAAAUAUCACAUUUUAUGUUAAAUAGUAUGUUGAAGAAUGUGUGCUUUGUGUAUAACUAAGUGAAUGAAAACAAUGGGGGAAACUGUUUUGUAAAACUGCUAAUAUUGUUAAAGCAUUGUUGAAAAGCGUAUAUUAUAUUCUCUUGGCGUGUUGGAUUUAAUGCAAUAAAGAUGGAGUUUGUUAUUAUAA